CUCUUCUCAAAUUUUUCAAUUUCUCUCUAUUAAUUUUUUUUUUUUUUCAGUUUAAAUAAAAGCUAUAACCAUAUAUAUUUAUAAAAAGAGUAUUUAAACUACAUUAAUAUACAUAACAACAGCUUUAUACCGAGAAUAAUAUGUCUUCAACCGGUACUGCAUCAUCCACUUUUGUGAAGAAGUUGGCAUCAAAUGAUAAGAAAACCAGAGAUGGUGCUUUGGAAUCAUUAAAGAAAUAUUUAUCUACCAAAUCAUUAUCAAAUAAAAUCACUGUAUUAGAUUACGAAAAAUUAUGGAAAGGAUUAUACUUUUCUAUGUGGUAUUGUGAUAGACCACAAGCUCAAGAAAGAUUAAGUGAAAACCUUGGAAAAUUAUAUUCUGAAAGUAUUAAAGAUCCAAAGAAUUUCUUAUUAUUUGCUCAAUCAUUCUUUAAAAUUAUGAUUAUAGAAUGGCCAAGUAUUGAUCAAUGGAGAAUUGAUAAAUAUUAUUUAUUAAUCAGAAGAGUAUUAAGACAUAAUUUCAAAUUUUUAAAAUUAAAUCAUUGGGAUGAAGAACUUGUAAAUAAUUGGGUUAAUAUAUUGGUUCAAGAUAAUGGGAUAUUAUGUGGUGAUAAAUCAAUUGCCAUGGCUUUACCUUAUCAUAUUUGUGAUAUCUUCUUAGAUGAAUUAGAAUUAAUCAUAUUUGAAGAUAUUCAAGAAGAAGCAUUAAAUAAAGAUGAUGAAGAUUAUCUUGAAAAAUAUCAACAAUCAAUAACUACAAAAAUAAAUAUUUGUUCAGAAAUACCUAUUAAGUUAUUGAUAUCACCAUUUGAAACCUUAAACAAACAAGCACCAUUAAAGACAUUAAGAGAAAAAUGUAAAGAAGAAGUAUUGGACGAUGAAAGAUUAAUAACUUGGAAUGUUAUUGAGGAAGAUGAUGAUGAAGAAGAAGAUAGUGAUGGUGAUAGUGAUAAUGAAGAUAAUAAAGAUGAUGAAGAUGAUGAAGAUGAAGAUGAAGAUGAAUGGACUGGGUUUUAAUAGCAAAAUCAUGCCAUAUCAUCAUGUCAUAUCAUAUAG